AACCAAGUUGGAAGCAUAUCUUACCUUGGACCAAGUUCUGCGGUCAUGUUGAGGUCCGUCCAUUCUCCAUGGGACCCUCAAGACGACCUUCGAAGCGCCCGCUCCUAUGCUCCUCAUCACACCCAUUUUUCCUCAAUAUCCGAAUUUCCCGAUUCCCCAUCAGUCUACAGUCACGCUUACUUCUCUCCAGACAGCAGGGAUAUCGAACCGAAUAUCAGUUCAUAUUGUUAUGAUGGACCAGACACCUCCAGCCAGCGUCGGCUAUCCGUGUCCAACUCCGACUACCUUGAUGAUCAUGCAGCGAGUAGCUUGGACCUCGAUGAUGAGGACGUUGCGAGUGUUUUAAUUAACACUGCAGAUGCAACUGACGAUACGGAGAAUGACGACGAAGAUGAUGAUUCCUCCCAUAGGAUAAGUGUUCAGGGCCCAAAGAUACGGUUUCACUCUCGAGCUCCUUGGGAAACUGGAGAAGACACCAUCGACGAGAACGAUUCGGAUCAUAGUGCCAUGUCCACUGCGUUUGGCAAGAAAGUCAAAAGUAAGGCUACGAAGGCUGAUCUCAUGCGGCACUUUGGCAAGAGUUCCUCCGCCAGACCCAGCGCCGAGUCAACCCGUUCUCAGCUUCAGUCCAAUGGUUCUUUUGAAAUUAUUGCGGGUAAUCAUUCUAACUCGCGAGGUGCCUUAUACACCCUGGCCCAGGAAUCAUUCUCAACCUCCUCUUUGACUGUUCCCACCUCUCAACGGUUUCCUGCCCCUUCGCUAAGAAAUCGCCACAAUUUUUCUCUUCCCCGCACUACAAACUAUCCACCCACAACUCACUAUGACGAACACACGCCAGAAGAAACUCAGUCUGCCACUAGCUCCUUGCGAGAAAUGGGACACAUUUCUCGGCCGUCGUCCUCCACACAAGAUACACCUGGACCAUACUCUCCAGUUUCGGAGGUUACACGAGGUCACGAACGUAGUGAUACUGUCUCGUCGUUUCAUACUUCCCAAUGUCGUCUGUCUCACGAGGACUUCGUACAUCCCUAUGCCAACCCUGAUUUGGUGGCUUCUUAUACCCCUCCUAGACCUGCUCAGUUCCGUUCUACCUUUGGACAUGUCUCGCGAAGCAAUUCGGCCGCCACCGUAAUUGACUCACUAAGUUCGCGGUCCGGUGCUUUCUCAUCUCCUAUAACACCAGACACCUCUGCCUCAUCCAUACCAUCACGAGAUCACAUCCCUUCCACAGGCAUGCGCGUUCAUGGCAAAGAUAUUUCUCCUCCCAUCACAGUCCUCCACUCCAACGACCUCAAUUCCGCGCAAUGCGAUCAGAGCACCAACUUACCGUCUUUUCACCCACCACCCGUAAUUGAAGGUGUCCCAGGUUGGAAUGCUUAUCCUCCUGCAACUGUCACUUUGAUAUCGCUGCAGGAGGCACAGGCGAGAGAAAGGACCCGCAGUGCUACCGCCAAUGUCAUGGUUUCGUCCCCCUCUCAGGUCCAUGAGACUACUUCACGCGUUCCUUUUCCUGAGCCAGACGACUCUGCCAGUAUAGCGAGUACUGAGACUUCCGCUACUGGCAACUUCAAGCGGGUUCGUGCUCGCUCCACUAGUGCUGGCGCUCGUGCCAAAGGUGUCCUUCAUUCAGUUGUCGCGGCAUCUUUCCAUAGUAAGCCUGAGCGAAGGGGUUCAGAACCCGAUGUCGCUAAUUCCAGCGGACAAACCCUGAAACACAAGAAGAGCGGGUUUAUGAGACUCUUUAACGGGCGUGAGCGGGAGAAAUGUCGCGACAAGGGGAGGAGUCCGCCGCCCCCAGUUCCGCCUUUACAUGGUGUAUACUCAGACUACCCUCACGUAGGGAAUGAAGGUAGCAAAUCGUCGCUUCCGACAAUCCCACCUCGCUUGUCAUCCUUAAGCUCAGAUGCCGGGAGCAGCACUGCCCUCAACGAGUCUUCAUCGGAUGCCGAACAGGAGCUUUCCCCAAAGUUGUCCUCACCUUCGCUGAAGCGCGUCCCGCCCUCGUUGUACAUAUCCACUGGCGCAUCAAAUCACUCUCCACUCUGCACUGAACCUCGACCCACAGACCCGGCUCAGUCACCCCAGUCUGGGAACAAAACACCUGGGCGCCCUCAGCUUGGGGCCAUUGACUUUCAAGCUCUCAAACUACGUCCAAUAUCUACGACGUUUAGCUCUCAAUUUGCAGACAUUGUUGCCAUCUCAGAGGUAGAGCAUGCGCCAGAACUCGAACUGGACACGCCGACAUCUACUAUCAGUUCAGUGGCAGCGCUCUCGCCCUUCACUCCUGGAUUGUCACGACCCAGCGAUGAUAAAUCAUCGCCAGUGGAACAGUCCCUCGUAAUCAAGACUUUGCAAGAGCAGAUGAUAGCGUCGAAGACGGCCUGGCAACGCCAGAUCUGGGAAUUGCAAGGUCAAGUGAAGAACCUGCAAGCUGAAAUCGAGGACCUCCAUGCUGUGAAUGAAGACAACGGAUAUUGCGAACACUGCGGUAGGGGUGGUCUCAGAAAGGAGCAUGAAGCUUCUAAUGCAGGAACGAAGAAAAUUGGUGUUGUCGACAGACCUAGAGGACGCACGGGCGAUACCGCUCGCUUCGUCAGCAGGAUCUAGGCUGGCGUCUGCCAAUCACCACGACUACCCCAUUCACUUAUCUAGGAAGGUUGGAUCGCUAUCAUGGUACUCGUCACUCAUUAUUUCUUGUUUGGGCCACAGUAAAUAUGACUGCUAAUCAGUCGAUCGUGUGCGUUUUGAUAUCUGGGCUUACACUAUCCAUCUAGCUCUUGUCUUUAUGUAUAACUUCUUGUUUUUCCUCCCCCAUCGCUAAUUAGGUAUAAUUCUAUUCAUCUU